AUGUCGAAUAUUGAAAAUCCUCUAACGGAUACUGACGUAUUAGCAAUCGCUAAAACUCACAACCAAACCCCCGCUCAGGUGCUGCUAUGUCACAUGCUUCAGUUGGGUAUCGCUGUCAUACCAAAGAGCAACAACCCUGGAAGAUUGAAGCAAAACAUUGACAUCUUCGACUUCCAUCUGAGUAAGCAGGAAAUGCUGCGGCUGGGGGUACUGGACCGAGGAGAAGACGGAAGAAGGUUUAUCCUGGAGGGGAUGCUCACUCAUCCUGAGUAUCCUUACAGGAAACCGUAGACGUUACAACCUUCAUCACAUACCUGAGUCAUACGCUUUUCAUUGUA